UGUACCAGGAGUGGUGAUAAGUAACAACUAUCAUUAUGGAAAGAAAAAUCCUUUGUUGGAUUUAUUUAAUUGGAUAUGCCCUCAUUGGACAAGCCACCACAACUUUGGCCCAAACUACUACAACUGCAGCCACCAUAACUUUGGCCACUACUACAACUGCAGCCACCACACCGGAGCCAACUACUACUACAUCAGAGCCAACCACCACUACACCAGAACCGACUACUACUACACCAGAGGCAACCACCACUACACCAGAACCGACUACUACUACACCAGAGGCAACCACCACUACACCAGAACCGACUACAACUACACCAGAGCAACCACCACUACACAAGAGCCAACUACUACUACAUCAGAGCCAACCACCACUACACCAGAGCCCGACUACUACUACACCAGAGGCAACCACCACUACACCAGAACCGACUACUACUACACCAGAGCCCCACCACUACACCAGAGCCAACUACUACUACAUCAGAGCCAACCACUACUACACCAGAACCGACGACUACUACAUCAGAGCCCACCACCACUACUACACCAGAGCAAACUACUACUACACCAGAACCAACCACUACUACACCAGAGCCAACUACAACUACACCAGAGCCAACCACCACUACACCAGAACCAACCACCACUACACCACAGCCCACUACUACUACACCAGACCCACUACUACUACACCAGAGCCAACCACUACUACACCAGAGCCAACCACUACUACACCAGAGCCAACCACCACAACACCAGAACCAACUACCACUUCACCAGAACCGACUACAACUACACCGGAGCCAACCACCACCACACCAGAACCGACUACUACUACACCAGAGCCGACAACCACCACUACACCAGAGCCAACCACCACUACACCAGAACCGACUACCACUACAUCAGAGCCCACAAGCACUACACGGAGCCAACCACCACACCACACCAGAACCAACUACCACUUCACCAGAACCGACUACAACUACACCGGAGCCAACCACCACUACACCAGAGCCAACCACCACUACACCAGAACCAACUACUACUACACCAGAACCAACCACUACUACACCAGAGCAAACCACCACUACACCAGAACCGACUACUACUACAUCAGAGCCAACCACUACUACACCAGAGCCAACCACCACUACACCACAGCCCACUACUACUACACCAGAGCCAACCACUACUACCAAACCACCACUACACCAGAACCGACUACUACUACAUCAGAGCCCCACAAGCACUACACCGGAGCCAACCACCACAACACCAGAACCAACUACUACUACACCAGAAUCAACCACUACUACACCAGAGCCAACCACCACUACACCAGAACCGACUACUACUACAUCAGAGCCAACCACUACUACACCAGAGCCAACCACCACUACACCACAGCCCACUACUACUACACCAGAGCCAACCACUACUACACCAGAGCCAACCACUACUACACAGAGCCAACUACUACUACACCAGAGCCAACCACCACUACACCAGAGCCAACCACUACACCACACCAACCAACUACUACUACACCACAGCCAACCACCACUACAUCAGAGCCAACCACCACUACACCAGAACCAACUACUACUACACCAGAGCCAACCACCACUACACCAGAACCAACUACAACUACACCAGAGCCAACCACCACUACACUAGAACCGACUACUACUACACCAGAGCCAACCACCACUACACCAGAACCGACUACUACUACUACACCAGAGCCAACUACAACUACACCAGAGCCAACCACCACUACACCAGGACCAACCACCACUACACCAGAACCAACGACAACUACACCAGAGCCAACCACCACUACACCAGAGCCAACCACCACUACACCAGAACCAACUACAACUACAACUACACCAGAACCAACCACUACUACACCAGAGCCAACCACCACUACA